GUGUGGCAGUGUGGAGGGAGCAUGGAAGUCCUGCCGUGUGCCAGAGUGGCACAUAUCGAGCGCACCAAGAAACCUUACAACAAUGACAUAGAUUAUUACGCUAAACGCAAUGCCCUACGGGCGGCCGAGGUGUGGAUGGAUGAAUACAAAUCUCAUGUCUACAUGGCCUGGAACAUUCCCAUGAAUAACCCAGGGGUGGAUUUCGGGGAUGUCUCGGAGCGCUUGGCCUUAAGGAAAAGACUGCAGUGUCGGAGUUUUCGCUGGUAUCUUGAACACGUGUACCCAGAGAUGCGGAUCUACAACAAUACCAUCACAUAUGGCGAGGUGAGAAACAGCAAGGCCAGUGGCUACUGCCUGGACCAGGGUGCAGAAGACGAUGACAAAGCUAUCCUGUAUCCCUGCCAUGGCAUGUCCUCCCAGCUGGCCCGCUACUCAACUGAAGGCCUUAUUCAGCUUGGACCCUUGGGGUCGACCACCUUCCUGCCUGACACAAAAUGCCUCAUUGACGAUGGCAGAGGACGCACUCCCAGUCUGAAAAAAUGCGACGUCGUCACAAGGAUUUCUCAAAGGCUUUGGGACUUUACACAGAAUGGUCCGAUCAUAAACAGAGACACAGGGCGCUGCUUGGAGGUGGAAAUGUCUAAAGACGCCAAUUUUGGCCUUCGCUUGGUGGUCCAGAGAUGCUCAGGUCAGAAGUGGAUGAUACGAAACUGGAUAAAGCAUCUCAGGCACUGA